UGUGUAGUUGUUGUUGUUGUUAUUAUUAUGGUUUGCUGUUAUUGCUAUUUUUAAUAUUAUUAUAUUUGAUAUUAUUUUUUUCGAGACAAAAAUCAAUUUCAAACAACCUUGGGUUUACCAUUAUAGUCCGUUAUUUUAAUCUGAGAAGUUUUUGCGAAUUUUGGCUUUUUUUGCGAAACUUUGUCAAAAAUAACCAUUCGCAAAGUUUUAUUUAGGGCAAACUUUUAAAAAUCAGUGAUUUACAAACUUACCCAUUAAAACUCUGUUUUCAAAGGCCUUUAAUCGCCAUGGUUUCUCUUGUAAAAACUUUCCGAUUCAGGAUAUCGCAAAAGUUUUCUUCGCAAAAAUUUCUCGUUUCGUGAAAGUUUAUCCGCAAAAAAAUUCGCGAAAUUUUUUCCAUUAAAUCAGCUAAUUACAUCAGGGGGAGGGGAAUUCUAAAUUUGAUUUUGGAAACAGAGGGAAUUGUGGAAAAGCAAAGCGGUUAUAUUCCCGCUUGUCUACAAGAGUUGACUUUAGAUAAAGCGUUGUUUACACCAAAGAAACCACAGUUUUUUUUUAAUUGUCUUGAUUGGAUUCUCAUUCCAUACCGUUAAUUGUCCACAUCUAUUAAAAUUCUGCAUUGAAUGUUAAAGAAGGCAAGAGAUCGAUAUGUGCUUAAAGAAUUUCUCGAACAAUACUUUUUGUCGGAUAAUUAAAAAAAUUACGAUAUAAAUUCUCUCUUGAAACUUCAUGAAUUGGAUGUUGGACAGAUAUUUGUCUGUAAGACACAAGACAGACUCUAUAAACUUUCUGGACGAGCCGCAAUACACGGCAGACGAAAGUUUUGUCAACAUAGAAAUGCCUGUUCCGUGCGAAGUUGCCGAGCCCGAAGAAAAUUUUAGUUGUCAUUCUGUGGAUAUUUUAAAACCGCGAAUUAUUACCCGCUUACCGAAAGAACUUCAAAUAAAACCUGGGGAACACUUGAGACUUGUUUGUUUAACAACAGUUUUAUUUCCAACCGAAUUAAGUUGGUUCUUAAAUGGACAGCUGAUAAAAUCGACUAUUGAUGGACGAGUAACUUUUGAUAAUAAAAACAGACAAUUGUUUAUUAUAGCUAUUGAUGAGGAAUUCUCUGGCGUGAUCACAUGUAUCGCUUCAAAUAGAUUCGGUUGCGACAAAUCAAAAUGUGUCGUAAACGUUGUCAAAAAAUGUCGCGAAGUCAACAACAACGAAUAGAUUCAUGCAAUGCAUUGUGGGUAGAAAAUCAUUGAGUAGAUAAACAUGGCAGGGCUAGCUGUGAUUAAUAUGAAGGAUAUUUCGCGUCGUCCUGUUUGUUAAUCGUUUGAGUAAGCUUUAAAAAAUGGAGUAAAAUUAUGACGUACAUGCAUGGUAUUAUGGGAAAUAUUUUAACAAGAAACCCAGAAUGCAUGGAUUUUACACCAUAUUUAGUAAGAGGUCUGGAACGACAUUGCUCGUAACUAUAUAUCAUUAAACAAAAAGCCGCGCUUUUAAAUUUUCAAUGUACAUUAGUUGUGGACAAAUGGCUGUAUUUAGUGAGGAAUGUGACCCUGUUGAGGCGGACAAGAUUUAUUUUACCACAAGUGUUUCCUCAAGUCGAGACUGUCCGCUUUGCGUAGUUACUGUUCUGUAUUUUACAACUAUCAUGGAAAAACCUAAAAUAGUGAAAGCAUAUUUUUCUUACGGGAUUUCAGCAAGAAGAAAAUAAAAACUACACCAACGGAUUAAUGGUAGAUUCUACUAUAGAGGUUAAAUAAUUGAAGCCUACAGUUUCAAGAGAUUUAUAUUAUGUAAGGAAUUCAAAGAAUGUUUAUUUCAAUUAAGAAAAAAUUAUGUAUAUAAAUUAUGUAACUUAUUUAUACCUUCCAAACAGUUUUAUGUUUUUUUUACAAUUGUAAAUAUGUUUAUUUUGAAAAUAACAGACACCCGGAACCUCUUUCCUUGUAAGCA